GACUUCGUACUGCGUGUUAAGUUUUUUUGAUUUAGGUUUCUGAAAACUAAUUUAUGUUAGUUUACUAAAUUGUUUUUUGGGGGUGGCCAACCUAUGAGGAAACUUGUUCCUUUUUCUUGGCCUUCCCCUCAGUAUUAUGUUAAUUAUUUAUAUUUUGCUGAUAAAUAGGCUGGUAGCCCCUACUUGCCUUUUAAGCUCGGUUAACUUUACUCCUCUGUCAAGUGUUGAGCGGACUACUUUAAAAGCCCAUUUUAGCAAUACAACUUAGUGACGUAUAUCGGGCAAAAAAGGUGUCUGGUAUAAUUAGGAAUGAGGUUUACCUGGUUUUCAUUCCUGUAAGACGAGAACCUAAAGUGUAACAGGAGAAAGAGAUUUCGAUUGUCGGUGAUAACGGACCCAAUGGUCCUAUCGAUACAUCGAGAAGCCCGCCUUACAUUUCUGCACAUCCAGAUUGUGUCAGGAAAGCCAAAAUCUUCAACCUGUGGAAGGAAUUUAGCACUGGCGCAAGAGGGACAUUAAGUGCAUACAUGACAGCUCCAGAAUACCUGUUCUGAUCUGAAUAGCCCAAUUUUCUAAGAAUACCUGUGGUUGGACUUCUCAGAACUGACUGACACGGCUCCUUCAGCCCAGGGGCCACCAUAUGAUCAAAAGCAAGAGAAUACGAUCUGUCAAAAGUCAGUGACCAACAUUUUAUCUUGAAAUAAAAACAACCUAACCAGAACGUUCAGAAGCAUAUCGCCUAGGUGAUAUGUUUCUGGUACGUUACGUCCGUACGUUACUAUACUUGAUUCCUUACAUUGCGUCAGCAUUGCAAGAACAACCUCCUUCCCAGGCUCCUUUUUCUUCCUCAUAUUCACAAGAAGAAUAAAAGGCAAGUUUUAUUUGAGUAACUGAAUUAUGAGAAGGCUAAUCGACUGAAGAUUGUGAAUCGUUUUUUCUAGAAUCCCGGGACUAGAAUAAAGAACACCGUUUUCAUUUGUGCGAGAAAGCGCAGUACUUCACGGCUACGUAACAACGUUUCCACUCGUUUAGACUGGGAACGAUAGUAUGUCAGUAUACUUGUCAGCGGCAACAUGUAGCUCCAAAUGCGUCGUAUCCAGUAGCAACGCGCGCCAGGAUAAAACUAAAAUCAAAAGACGAUAGAGCAAAAAGAGUUGUACUGUUUUUGUAGUCUUGUUGUUGUAAGUUUGUCGUUCACAGCCAAGCGCCAUGAGUGAAAUAGAAGCUCUCGAACUUCACGCAAUCAUUGGAUUUGCAGGUGAAGUUCCAGGAGGCCUGUUGGUCAACAGCGACAGAGAGCAUCUUAUCUAUCCACUUGGCAACAAAAUCGUUGUGGAGGAAAUAAAAGAGGAGAAAAAGGCGGCUUCAGGAGGUAGAGGAUCCGCGACAAGAGUUAACGGUAAAAGCAAGAAUACACCCGAAGAUCGAAGGAUGCGUCAGAGAUUAUUGUCAGGGCAAGGCGACAAAGGCCUGGCAGUUUCUUGUCUAGCAGUUUCCAAGAGUGGGAAGUAUCUGGCAUCUGGCGAAAAGACUCACAUGGGAUUUAAAGCCGAUGUCAUUGUGUGGGAUUUUGAGAGGGGCACCAUAAAACAUACCCUGGAUCCACUGCACAAAGUUAAAGUGGAAGCACUCGCGUUCUCUCCAAAUGACAAAUAUUUAGUGUCCCUUGGAGGGCAGGAUGAUGGAUGGUAAGUCAACUGUAUUGAACGAGGUUGCAUGUGAUAGCAGAAAUUAUCAUCAAGGCUAGUGGUUGUGUUGCCAUACAGACAACAGAGACCUAAUUGAUAAUUUUGCUAUCAGGGUAAAACCUCAUCUUUUAUGAAGUGUGUAAUUGUUCAUUAAUCAAAAUUAUAACAAACUUCAUGGCUCUGAUCAGCUAUCAGUAACCCCUGUUUUUGCCCAAAUAGGAUAUUGCACACAUUGCAAGUGUAAUCAGACAUUUUAUUAUAUGGCUAGCUCUGUGAAUGGGCAAGAUGAAUCAAAUCCUGCACCGUGAUUG